CUCAACCAACUUACAUAUAUCUUUAUAUCUCUUUUAGGAUUUGCAUAGCGGUCUAAAGCAAACUUUUAGCACUGCCCAAAAGACUAGACCCUCUUGCUCCUCUCUUCUUUUUAUAAAUAAUUUACACUUUGAUAGAUAUAUUUCUCACUGCAUUGCAAGGAUCUUUAAGGCAUAUACACAAUGGGGUUCACUGUGAGCAACCAACAGCAACUCUUGUCUAAAAUGGCAACUGGAAAUGGGCAUGGUGAAAACUCUCCAUACUUUGAUGGCUGGAAGGCCUAUGAUAGUAAUCCCUUUCAUCCCACCAAGAACCCUAAUGGGGUUAUCCAGAUGGGUCUUGCAGAAAAUGAACUAUGCUUUGAUUUGAUUGAAGAGUGGGUUUUGAACAACCCAGAAGCCUCCAUUUGCACAGUAGCAGGAGUAAAUGAGUUCAAAGACAUAGCUAUCUUUCAGGACUAUCAUGGAUUGCCAGAAUUCAGAAAUGCAGUUGCAAAUUUCAUGGGAAAAGCGAGAGGAAAUCAAGUCACCUUUGACCCCGACCGGAUUGUUAUGAGUGGAGGCGCAACCGGAGCUCAUGAGAUGAUAGCCUUCUGCUUGGCUGAUCCUGGGGAUGCAUUUCUGGUGCCUGUUCCUUAUUAUCCAGGUUUCGAUCGAGAUCUUGGAUGGCGAACGGGGGUGCAACUUAUUCCAGUUGCUUGUGAAAGCUCCAACAGUUUCAAGGUCACCAGAGCAGCCUUGGAGGCUGCCUAUGAGAAAGCUCAAAAGGAUAACAUCAGAGUAAAGGGCUUGCUGAUCACCAAUCCUUCAAACCCCUUGGGCACUGUCCUAGACAGAGAGACUCUAAGAAGCCUAGUGGCCUUCAUCAAUGAAAAGAAAAUCCACCUGGUGUGUGAUGAAAUAUAUGCUGCCACUGUCUUCAGCCAGCCAAGCUUCAUAAGCAUUGCAGAAAUCAUAGAGGAAGAUAUCGAAUGCGACCGCAACCUUGUUCACAUUGUCUACAGCCUCUCAAAGGACAUGGGGUUCCCUGGCUUCAGAGUUGGCAUUGUGUAUUCUUACAAUGAUGCGGUGGUAAAUUGCGCAAGAAAAAUGUCCAGCUUCGGCUUAGUCUCUACGCAAACUCAGCAUCUGAUCGCAUCCAUGCUUUCAGACAAUGAUUUUGUGGACAGAUUUAUUGCACAGAGUGCUAAAAGGCUGAAAGCAAGGCACAUGCGCUUCACUAUGGGACUUGCUCAAGUAGGCACAAGUUGUUUGAAGAGCAAUGGUGGGCUCUUUGUAUGGAUGGACUUGCACAAGCUCCUCAAGGAGCAGACAUUUGAAGCUGAGAUGGCGUUGUGGCACACGAUAAUCCAUGAAGUUAAGCUCAAUGUGUCACCAGGUUCUUCUUUCCAUUGCCCUGAACCAGGCUGGUUCAGAGUUUGCUUUGCCAACAUGGAUGACAAGACCAUGGAAAUUGCUUUAACUCGAAUCCGAACCUUCGUGCUACAAGAUAAGGAGGCUGUGGCGCCAAGGAAGAAGAACAGGUUCUGGCAAAGCAACCUCAGGCUCAGCUUCCAAUCACGACGAAUGGAUGACAUCAUGAUGUCGCCGUGCAUGAUGUCGCCUCAAUCGCCUCUGGUUCGAGCCAUGACUUAAAAAACAUGACUACCAAAAGUAGGUAGAAUCUAUAAAUUCUUUUCUUGUGAAAUUAUUUUCAUGCCAUCUCUUCAGUAUUAACUACAGAGUGGCGCGCAUUUUUCCUUCUUUUCACUUGAUCAGUGAAAAAAAUAUUGUAUUUGUUUGUAAUGAUUUCUCACAAAAUAGAUUUGAAGAAUUUAAUUCAAUGUUAAUUGUUUUACAUCAAUAUGUUUUAAGAUCAAAACAAUUGUGUAUAUAAAAAAUCCUAAUAGAUUCAUGCAUUUCAUAAAGAGUCAGAGAAAGCAACUGCAAAGAAAUAUAUUAGUAGGUCUUUACGACCAUGUACCAAUAUCAGACCAGAAGAACGUGGACUGCAAAAAUCUUGUUGAAUUUUCAUCAUGGAAAACAUUAUUGUGGUACAGAAUUUUCUUUAAAAAACACAUGAAAAUUGAAAAUCGUUUUUGUUCAUUGUUCCCUAGUAUAUAUUGUGCACGUGCUGUCAUGAGACAUGGUGUCUCAUAAAUUUCUGUUGUGUUUCUGAACAUUUGGCUUCAAGCAUGUUCAUCGGAAUUGAGCCAAAAUUCCUAAGCUAAACUUGAGCACUAUGAUGUUCGGCUUGACUUAGGUCUCGUUUACACCCAUCACUAUGAUGUAUUAGUCCGGCCCAUAUUGUUUGUGGGUCGGGCCGGUCUGUUCCUCUCAACACAAGGAAGCCUUACUUUUGAUGUGGCUCUUUUCUUCACAAACGCUCAUUAGGGAGCUGGAGCUGGAGCUGGAUAUGUUUAUUUGUAGAAACCUUAAUGUUACCCGCCACCAAGACACUACAGAGAAGUUAACUGUGAUGUCAUUGAUCCGGUUUUUUCCAAGCGACAAAAAGAGCAAACUACCCACCGCAAUGGGGAUGUUUUGAGAAAUCUUUUGCUUGUAUAAGCAAAUACUGCUCAUCAGCAUGAUAGCUGUGAUCAAUUCAAUACUACUAAUCCUUAUUCUGCUUGUUACA